GGAAAUAGGAUCUCGUUCUGGAUGGAGUUGCACUUCCCCUAAAGAUGCAGAUCAGUGCCUCCAUUGCCACCAUGCCCAGUCCAAAGAACAGCCCGAAGAGUAGCCGCGAGAGACGGGCUCCUGGCAACAGGCUGGAGUUGUUGUCGCUCCUGAAUCAGAAGAGCCAGGGGUGCCCAGACAGCCCGUCUCGGCGCAAGGACUCAGCAGCCACCAGCACCACCCAACAGGCUCUCCCCGAAGAGGACUGCAUGAAACUGAACCCGUCGUUUAUGGGUAUUGCCCUGCGCUCCUUGUUGGCCAUUGACCUUUGGGCUUCCAAACGGCUUGGGGUGUGUGCAGGAGGAUCUUCUUGGGGCAGCGCCCGCCCCCUCAUGAAGGUCAUAGAGGUCUCAGGACAUGGUAUCCCCUGGCUAGCGGGCACCAUGUAUGGGCUCUGCAGAAGUGGGAGCUCAGCGGGCCGUGAGGUGCUGGUCAACCUGCUUUUUGCUCUGGUUCUUGAUCUUGUUUUGGUGGCGCUAGUGAAAGGACUGGUGAGAAGGCGGCGCCCGACCCACAACAAGAUGGAUAUGUUCGCCACAGUCUCCGUGGACAAAUAUUCCUUCCCGUCAGGCCACGCAACCAGAGCUGCCAUGGUUUGCCGGUUUGUUCUCCACCACCUUAUCCUGGCUGUCCCUCUGCGAGUCCUAGUGGUCCUUUGGGCCUUCAUUGUGGGGAUUUCCCGAGUCAUGCUGGGCAGGCACAAUGUGACUGAUGUGAUCUUUGGGCUGGUCAUGGGCUACAUGCAGUACAGUGUGGUAGAGUACUUCUGGCUGUCACCCAUCAGUGCUCCUGCUCUCUUCAUGGUGUGGAGUUGACGAUUCUUAAUGGGGCAAGUCCAAGCAUCAUUGGGCUGCUUGUAACACAAAACUGUGAAAAAAAAUCAUCAAGCUUUAUCUGUUCAGCUAGGUGUACGGGCAAGACCAGCAAAAUUCAUUCUGAAGGGCACGUAUGCUACUUUGGCCUGCAAGAGUUAAUCGGUGCCAUAUUGUUCUCUGAAUGGGCAUCAACUAAUCCAUAAAACAGCACAAACUAUCGAGCGGUAAAACUUUCCAGGUGUCAAAAUACUAGAACUUCAAACCACCUCUGGAGAUCACUAGCCUCUUGUAUGAUACUUAUUUUUCAGAGGAUUUGUGACAGCAGCAAUCCCUGCGAACAGACAUAUAUACAGCGCACCUGUAGCAAAACCUCGGUAGGCUCUUGCAGAAGUGACAGGUGGCAUUUUUUUAUACAAUGUUUGUACAGUAGAAAUCGUGUAAACUGUUUGCAUGUGCUGUAUGCGCCGAUAGCUUGCUUUUGAAAUUGAGAUGAUGUUGUAUUGUGUGGCUGUCUGACUUGAAUGCAUGAUGAACUUUCAUUUUCGGGGCACUUUCCUGGACCCUCUGAGUUUUAAAGCUUUGGUUUGCUGAUCAGUCUUACUUGGAUAUGGCUGUUGUCUGCUUUCUCCAGUAGUUUCAGUCACUCCAGUUCUUCCUAACGGAGCUUCCAUUAAAAAAUUGGUAUCUGAGCAGUUUCAGGGGAGCGAAGCGAAGAAGGAGAUUUACACUUACCGCAAAAGGCUGUCUAGCUGAUUAUUUCAUUAUCCCAGAUAAUUUCCCUGUCCGAUAGAUUUUAAAAUUCCUGGAUUUGCUCAAUAUCUCUGAAGUGGUAAAUAUAUAAUGGAUUGGAUCCAAGUCAUCCAACCAGUUUUUCUACUGGUGAAAAAAGAAGGAAGAGGGUCCCCUUUGACCUCCAAAAAGACUACCUUGGUGUGUGUGUGGGGGGGGGGGGAAUGGUGAUAAGAUCUACUUGUGUGAAAGCUAUGUGGGAUGUCAGCUGUAGCAAGGAGGUGAACUGAGUGAGAAAGCUUGCUGGAUCCAACCCAAUAAGCUGUAAAUAAAUUAAAGCACUCUAGGGUGCUGCAGGUAGAUUAGUGGAGCAGUUCUAAUCAAACUUCGAAAUCACUGCCAGCUAAUUUGGAGCUAUUUAUAUAGAAAUGAAAUACCAGUCCGUUUCUGUGGAAGCCACAGCCCUUGAAUUAUGAAGUUGCUCUUCUGGAUUAUUUAGAUGCUAUUGAAUUGAAAAAGUAAUUUGAAAACACAAUCUGCUUUACACAGGGAAGGCCCUGAAAGUAACCUCAACAGUUGCUUAUGUCUACAUGCAUCAAAGAGCAAACCCAGAAAUUCUGUGCAU